CUCCACCGCCUCCUUUCUGUCGUCAUUUCCUGUGGGUCUGUAGGCUAAGGGAGAAGAUGGCGGCGCUAGGGGAACCCGUGCGGCUCGAGAGGGAUAUUUGUAGAGCCAUUGAAUUAUUGGAAAAACUACAAAGGAGUGGAGAAGUACCACCACAGAAACUUCAGGCUUUACAAAGAGUCCUUCAAAGUGAGUUCUGCAAUGCUGUGAGAGAGGUAUAUGAACAUGUCUAUGAGACUGUGGACAUCAGUAGCAGUCCUGAAGUGAGAGCAAAUGCUACUGCAAAGGCUACUGUUGCUGCAUUUGCUGCUAGUGAAGGACAUUCUCAUCCUCGAGUUGUAGAGCUACCAAAAACAGAAGAGGGCCUUGGAUUCAAUAUUAUGGGAGGCAAAGAACAAAACUCUCCAAUCUACAUAUCUCGAAUAAUUCCAGGUGGAAUUGCUGAUAGACAUGGGGGCCUCAAACGAGGAGAUCAACUCCUCUCUGUUAAUGGAGUGAGUGUUGAAGGAGAGCAUCAUGAAAAAGCUGUAGAACUGCUGAAAGCUGCACAAGGAAAGGUUAAAUUAGUGGUGCGAUAUACACCCAAAGUCUUAGAAGAAAUGGAGUCGCGCUUUGAAAAAAUGAGAUCAGCAAAACGCAGGCAACAGACCUAAUACAUUUCAAAACUUGAUAUUUCAUUUUGCAUUUUAGCUAGAGAUGUUUUCCUUGUGACUUAACUGAUGGCUACAAUGCCAAUGAUUGUAAAAAAAAAAAAAAACAAAUUUAUCAUGAAAAUUCUCCUUGCCAUUUUAUAAAUGCCUAUUUUAACAUCAUUUAUGGUUCCAGAGAUGCAUACUCUUUUUUCUGACAAGAAAAAGUAAAAGGUGAUGAGGGCAAUUCUGUCCUACUGUUUUUACAGGCCUUUUUCAAAUGCAGAUUUUGUCAUAAAGUUGUUAUAGAUUUUUUAAACUGCUUUUUUAAUAUUAAAAUGUACUUUUACAUUCUUAAUCUUUUUUUAGAAAAGAAAAGUUUUCUUCAUUUGGCUGCUGAUUUAAAAGUAAAGUUCUCCAAUUCUUUUUUUGCUUACUCUUUUUUUAACCUGUAACAUUUCUUUACAGUUUUCCAAGAAAUUAAACCUAACAGUCUCACCUACAGCAGUUCAUUACACUGUCAGUGUUAACAUCAUUGCUGCAUUUUGUACUUUGAACUCACGCAUAAUAUAUAUAACCAGUGGUACAUCAUGACUCAGCACAGUGCAAGUUUUUUACUUUUACUUAAACAUAAUAUAUAAUGGAUAUUCAUUUGUACUGAUUUUUAAAAGUAAGUUUUUAAACAUUGAAACAAUCAUUGCUAAAAUAUGUAUUCUUAAUAUUUGAGCAUUGGGACAAAAGGAUGUAAUUAAUAGCAUUACUGAUUACAUCCCUAUUUAUAUUCAACAAUAUAUCAAAUUAUAAAUGCAAAACAGGUUCAGAUUUCAUCUCUUGCAAUUUUUUUUUAAGUGCUUUUCAUUUUUAUUUUAAUACACAGUAUUUGCCCUAUAUUUUGGUCCUUCCAUUCCUAGAGAUGAACCAGUUAUUUUGUGGUGGGAAGUAGCUGAAG